AAGUUUUUCAUUUAUAUAUUCUAGAAAUAAGAUUUUUUUUUUUUUAAUCUCUCUGCAUAAUUUUUGCUGAAACAACAUUUAAUUGAACCGUGUUCAAUCAGCGAUAACAGAAGCUCGUCGGAGGAAAUUCACAUGCCGCCAGAGGAAGAGGGGAGUAGCGUAGAGCCCUCGUCAGUGUUUGCUUCUUUGACACGCCGUUUAUGGAAUUUAAGAACACCCGCCUGCGUCAUACCAUCUAUUUCUUAUGUUCUUUGCUCGAUUUCCUUCAAUUUGGAUCCGUUUCUGCUAGUGGGUUCGGUCUCUUUGAGGUCUCUGUGAAAUUCUAGAGGUUGUCUCAGGGUUCGAAUGGGGGAGUUAUGGAAGGCGUUGCACUUUCUUUGUUCGAUGGAAUUCUGGAGAAUGGGUGUGUUAUGGACCAUCUCUAUAGUCAUGUCUUACUUACAGUUGCUUAUGAGAAGACUCUUCUCUCCAUCAUCUAGCCCCUGUUGUAGCUGCUCUCCUCCUAAAACUAACUGUAUUAGGCCUGUUUGUGUCAUAACUGGUGCUACAUCUGGUCUUGGGGCAGCUGCAGCAUUUGAGCUUUCAAGCAAAGGUUUCUAUGUUGUUCUGGCUGGAAGGUCACCCCAUUUGUUAUUAAAGAUGGUUGUGAUAAUUGCCUGGCAGACUAUGGAAGACAUCAAGAGUAGGAAUAAGGAUGCCCAUCUCAAAGCUUUACAAGUUGACAUGUCAUCUUCCCAGUCGAUAUUAAAGUUUAGAAAUUCUCUUCAAGAAUGGCUGUGUGAUUCAGAUCUGCACUCUUCAAUCCAACUUUUGAUUAAUAAUGCUGGGAUACUGGCAACAUCAAGUCGGCUCACGACAGAAGGAUAUGAUCAGAUGCUUGCCACAAAUUAUAUUGGUGCAUUCUCUCUGACCACACUUCUCUUACCACUUCUUCAAAACAGUCCUGUUCCUUCCCGGAUAGUGAAUGUGACAUCCUUCACACAUCGAUAUGUAUUUGAUGUAAAGGUUGACAAGGAAGCUGUUUCCGGGAAAUACUUUUUGAGAUCAAAGCAAUAUCCUUGUGCUCGUAUAUAUGAGUGCUCCAAAUUAUGCUUACUUCUUUUCUCCUACGAGCUUCACCGACAGCUUGGCAUGAUGGAUAAACCUCAUUGCAUCUCCGUUGUUGCUGCAGAUCCCGGGUUAGCAGAGACAAACAUUAUGCGGGAAGUUCCUUCAUAUAUCUCCCGUGCUGCAUUUAUGGUCUUAAAGUGUGUUGGCCUUUUACAGUCUUCUAAUAAGGCAGUCAGAUCUAUACUUGAUGCCGCCCUUGCCCCACCAGAAAUAUCUGGUGUGUACUUUUUUGGUGGGAAUGGUAGGACUAUCAACUCUUCAUCACUCUCGCAUAACACCAGACUUGCAGCGGAACUUUGGAAAACUUCAUUUGAUUUAUUUAUGGAAUCACAGCUUCCAUUAGAUGAAACGUUCACUUCCGAUGACAAACCCUGCAUCAUACCUGGAAAUACGAAAGUAAGAUUGCACAUGCAGUAAGGUAUUAAUUAUAAACCGCAUAGAUUCCCAGUCUUAUGGAUGAGCAUUCGUAAAAAUGGAAGAUAUACCUCUCCUCCAAGUUUCUCAGUUUUUGUACUUCUGGUUCUUGGAUAGAAUCCUUAGUUCGAUGUGCUUCAAUCUCCUUAUUGCAAACGUGCAAGUUUUUGGUUCGCAGAUUUUUUCUCUCUCAUUCUUGUAGUAAAAGAGAAAAUAAAUAAAAUUAAAUGUUGCAUAAAUGUUUCAUAUCCUCAUUUUAAUAUGAGCGUAACUUAUGGUUAAAA